AUAAAACGGAAUGAUGGUUAGUGAAAGACACAAAAAAAAUUAGCCGACAACAUGAAGUGGCUGGUGUCAGUGUUGGUGUUGGCGUGCGCGGCGGCGGCGCUGGGCGAGGAGCCGGUGCUGCGCUACUACCACGAGAGCGCGGGCAUCGCCGAGGCGGCGCGCAUCCAGCAGCUCGAGCGCGCCAUGGACUUCGACGGCUCGCGCAUCGUCGGCGGCUCCACCACCGGCGCUGGCACGCACCCGCAUCUGAUAGGUCUGGUGAUCACGCUGACCAGCGGCGCGACGUCGGUGUGCGGCUCCACCAUGCUGACCAACACCCGCUCGGUGACGGCGGCUCACUGCUGGUUCGACGGCCGCAACCAGGCGCGCCAGUUCACGCUGGUGUUCGGCUCCGCGCGCCUUUUCACGGGCGGCACCCGUGUCUCCACCUCCAACGUGCAGAUGCACGGCAACUGGAACACCAACAACCUUAACAAUGACGUCGCUAUCAUCAGCUUCAACCACGUCGGCUACACUAAUGUGAUCCAGCGCGCCACGCUGGCGACCGGCAGCAACAACUACGCCGGGACCUGGGCGCAGGCCGCCGGCUACGGCAGGACUAGUGACAAUAGCGGCAUCUCUAACAACCAAGCCAAGAGCCACGUGCGCCUGCAGGUGAUCACCAACGCGGUGUGCCAGCAGACCUUCGGCAGCAGCGCCGUCAUCAGCUCCACGCUGUGCACCAGCGGCGCCGGCGGCGUCGGCACCUGCGGCGGCGACUCCGGUGGCCCGCUCGCCAUCAUCAGCGGCAACUCGCGCCUUCUCAUCGGUAUCACGUCGUUCGGCUCGGCUCGCGGCUGCCAGAUCGGCCUGCCCGCAGCAUUCGCCAGGGUCACCUCUUUCGCUUCCUGGAUCAACGCUAGGAUCUAAACUUCUUUAAUAAAAUAUUCGCAUACAAACACGUA